UUACUUUUAGACAUUAUAGAAAAUAGGUUGCCGAAUAAUGUUGCAUCCUGGACGUUCUAGAUGGGCCAGAAGUAAACUUUUCCAAGUGAAGCCACUGCCAGCUAGUGAAAAUCUGCCGACACCCGCCAUCCAAAAACUGGAACACUCUAGUGGACUCAGAGGGCGACUUGGCCAAAGGGAACAGCGCCUGGGGUGGAGAAAACUUCAUAAAGGGCCAAGGAACUGAAAGAGCCAUGAGAUUGAAAAAGGAGAGGUUGUGAAAUUGAGUUAAAGCUUGGGAUUUGGGUUCUGCUCAGUUCACUUCCCAUUAUCCAGUCACCAAAUACAGCUAUAUUGUCCUGAAAUUGCUUCCAGCAUCCAUUGCAGGGAGUGAGCGAGAUUUCAAGGUGUUCAGAGCAGAGUGUAUAUAACCCCCCUUCCCCCCUCCCCAAUUCACAGCCACCCAGUCAUUUUCUCUGCCUCCACCUUCUUGUGCAGGGACGCAGCAUCCCCCCCCCCCGAAAGCAAUUUGGCUAACUAAAUAAAUCCUCACAUCAUCCAGGUGCAAGGCAGGAAAACUGGUCUUCUGCUGCUGUUCAUUGCCCACAAUCAGCUGGUGAAGCCUUGGGAAAAAAAACUCCAGCUGCCAUUAAGCGAGUAGCAUAACAAUUAGUGUAAGUGGUUUGCCGUUUGGGGAAACGAUUAAACUUUGCAGGCGCAAAGCUUUGAGUGCAUUUUCCAGGGAAAGGAACGGAGACGGGGCCCAGGAUGGGGCCCCCUGGUCAUCCACGACCCCUUCUAAUGGAGAGAUGGCCAGCUCGGUUUCUCAUCCCUGAUCUCUUUCUUCGCAUCCUGGUCCCUGUCAAGCAUCCGCAAGGAAUGUGUGUGCAGUUCCAAUUUGAGGAACGGAUUCACAUUUUGCACCGGGCCUGUUUUGUUUAACUGUGGUCUGCCCACUGAGCCACAAAUGACUGGGCUCAUGUGACACGCCGAGCGCCACACGCCGACGUCCUUGUAGCGUUGGACUUUGAGCGUUCUGCAAAACUAGUCUUACUCUGCAGUCCUACAUCCCAAUGUUCCUCUGCAAAUGCCAAUGAUCUCCCAUGGGAUGCCACUCAGAUUGCCACCACCGCCAGAGCGGUGUAGAAGGACCUGGUGGAGCCUCUUCUGGGCCAUUGAGCACCAGGACAUAGCAAGCCGUGGAAGUGCUCAGCAUCAAGACAAGGUCAUCAGCACAGGCUUGAUGGAUUCUCUCGUCCACGCUUUUCCUUCACCCUCCAUGCCACAUUACAGGGGGCACCGCACCGUCGCUGAAUUAAAAUGGAUCAACAGGUAAAGUCUUGCAGCUUCACAUCUCUGCUGGGCCAGGACCUUUGGCCAGUGAGUGGACCACCGAUUUAUCCAUCCGUCAACUUUGCUUUCCCUCGGUUUCUUUAAUGCUGAUUCUCUCUAAGACGUUUCUAGGAACAGUCUAUAAAAGCUAAGCUGAUGGGGAAUGCAAGGAGACACAACUGCCCGUUAGGACACCAGAAGCAACAAACGAGGUGGAGGAGAAUUCGUCUUCUGUCUCCCAAGCUAGUCAUGCUGGUUUGACCACCAAAUAACUCUUGGGUUCUUCAGAUCUUGGGUGCUUCGUUGGCUAGAGUUUUCUCAGGGUGGAAUUCAUGAUGACCAAGCAGAGGGUAAUUCGAGUGUCCACCAAGCAGCUGAGCUACGCGGUUUGCGUGCUGGGGACAGAAAUUUCCUUAGACAUCAAGGGUUCCCUGCCCAAGGGGGCCACAUCUUUUGAUGCCCGUGGAACAGCUGGGCUCCGGGUCUACGUUACAUACGACCCCAGACUCACUUCCAAACCUGAAGGCUCCAAGAUGUGGCCUCUUGAUGCAGACACCGAGGUCAUCGUGGCUCUGAAGGGUCUGAGCAGUGCCGUCAACGACCACAAGGUCAGAGUGUCCUAUUAUGGACAAUCAGGGCAAACACCAAUUGCCAGUGCUUGGCUAUACAUCACCUGUGUAGCUCUCUCCCUGGAUGCUGAUACAAGCCGGACAGGAACUGUGGAGAGCUAUGCCACCAACAAGACCAAAUGGACAUGGGGCCCGCAUGGAGAAGGUGCCGUAUUGCUGGUGAACUGUGACCGAGACGGUCCAAGCUCUGGAAACGUGGAUCACGCAUAUCCCUACGUACGAUCUCAUGCAGAUCUUCAAGACUUGUCCCUUGUGAUUCUCAAUAUCAACAGCCCUGCCGGUAUCUUUGACAACCACAAGCUGAUCCUUCACAUCUCCAUGUUUGAUGCUGCAAAAGUUAGAGUUUUCCAUGCAGCUGCAGGAAACUCGUCAGUCUCCCACUAUGAGCACAUUUUGGGGUCAGACAAGUUCUCCUACGCCGUGGAACCCACAGAUGGAAAAGGGCAACAUAUGUUUUACGUGGAGGGCCUUGCUUUCCCAGACACAGACUUCAACGGCCUGGUGUCCCUGAACGCGACGCUGCUGGAGCAGACUAACCGGACCUCGCCAGCCACCCCAGUUUUCACGGAUACUGUGGUUUUCCACGUGGCCCCUUGGCUCAUGACCCCCAACACACAGAAACCACUUGAAAUCUUCGUUUGCAGCAUUGAGAAGGGCGAGAACUCCAACAAAAAGUUCUUGGAGGCGAUAAAACUUCUAGCAAGGAAAGCCAGCUGCAAAUUAACCAUUUGCCCAGAAGUAGAAAACCGGGGUGACCGCUGGAUCCAGGAUGAGAUGGAAUUUGGUUAUGUAGAGUCACCCCAUAAAUCCUUCCCCGUCGUCUUCGACUCCCCCAGGAACAGGGGCUUGAAGGAAUUCCCUUUCAAGAAGAUUUUGGGCCCUGAUUUUGGGUACGUUACCCGGGAACCCAAGAACGGGAGAGUCUCCAGCCUGGAUUCUUUCGGUAACCUGGACGUCAGCCCACCCGUGACGGUCAAGGGGAAAGACUACCCUUUGGGGAGGAUCCUCCUUGGCAGCAGCUUUCCUGGAUCCGGCAACAGGAAAAUGGCUAAAGUUGUCCGAGACUUCCUUUAUGCGCAGAAGGUCCAGUGCCCGGUAGAGCUUUAUUCUGACUGGCUGACGGUGGGCCAUGUGGAUGAAUUCCUGAGCUUCGUCCCAGCGCCAGGCAAGAAGGGUUUCCGGUUGCUUUUGGCCAGCCCCCUUGCCUGUCUGAAGCUGUUCGAAGAGAAACAAAAGGAAGGUUAUGGAGACGCUGCUCUGUUUGAAGGUCUGAAGACAGUGGGGAAAAUUACUCUCAAUCAACUCCUGGCUGAUAGAAAUUUGCGCCAAGAUAGCAAGUAUGUGCAGAGUUGCAUUGACUGGAACCGGAGUAUUUUAAAGCGGGAACUUGGAGUGAGCGAACGAGAUAUCAUCGAUAUUCCGCAACUCUUCACUCUAGAAGGCUCCACCGCCACAGCCUUGUUCCCAGACAUGGUGAAUAUGCUCGUCUUGGGGGAACAUCUGGGCAUUCCCAAGCCGCAUGGCCCCAUCAUCCACGGCCAGUGUUGCUUGGAAGUGAAAGUCCGCUCCCUCUUGGAGCCACUGGGCCUAUCCUGCACUUUCAUUGAUGACUUUUUCUCCUACCAUGUCUUACUGGGAGAAGUCCACUGUGGCACCAAUGUCCGGCGGGAACCUUUUUCCUUUCACUGGUGGAAUAUCCUUCCAUGAACAGCGAGGAGCUGCCCCACAUCUCAGACUUAUUUUGCUCCACACCUUUGUCUCCAAGGUUGGACAGAAACAGCAGCAUGGAAACUUGCAUGAAGGAGAGAGAACAUCCUUUCCGAAGAUAAUUUCUCAGCACCUUCCUGAAAUACCUUUCAAUUUGGGGCCUUCAGCAAUGAGGCGCCAACCACUAACCAUACAGGGAAAUGCAAGACAACACAUUAGAUAACAUUAUCUGACUUUAUGGAGAAAUGCUGCCUCUGGAGGAACGAGUGCAAGAUGAAGACAUGAUUUGGAAAAGCCAGAUAUAUUUACGUGUUUAAAAACACUUUUCAGUGGGAAAUUACUCAGAAAUAACUGAAGUUGACUCAGUUCUGGAUAAAAUCAGGAGGAACUGGCGUGUCUUUCUUCUCUGUAUGGAGCAAGAAACAUCUAUUUUGUGUAUAAGGGCUGUCAUAAAUUGAUUUCCCAAAGCAUGUUUCACCUUUUUUGUGGGGAGGGGGGAGGAAAGAGGCACCCUGGAAAUCAGACCAGUUCUUGGAAGCUUUUGCUGUUUCAAGGCUAAUUCCAGGUUCAAAUCCAGCCUAAAGUUUGAUUACUUUCCAGAAUUUGCACACGGGAAUAUGAUGUUUUCUGUCCACCCCUAGGCACAGGUAAAUUUAGGUUAAGGGUAGAGCGAUGAAGGACAAGCUGCAAAAGUGAGGUCUGUAUCUCGCAGAAGGGGGAAGGAUGCGAAUCCCUAAACUUAGAAUGAGAUGCAAUCAUGAUAUAAGCCAGGAAUGCAACAAUACCGAAAAUAAAA